AAACAACUCACGGAGCUGGGCAGCCUCUCGAGCCGGGGGAUAGGCCGCCGACGCGGUGUCUUCGGGAGGUCUGCGCGUCUGUCGGUCCGCGUCUGUCCCUCCUGCACCUUCCGACUUCCUUUCCCUCUCGCUCCCGGCGGGCGGCAGCCUCUCGCCGGCUCUCAACUUUGGGGAGUUUCAGGCAGCCGCGGCGGCAGCAACAGACCGGGCGCAGCCAAGCUCUCCGCUGGCUCCGGUUGGUUCUCCCGGGCUCUUCUCAUUGCACGGCUGAAGGUAAUGAGAAGCCCGAAGAUCCCAGAGGAUGCCGUUAGAGGAAAAGUCAGGAGAGUGUUGAAGACUCUACCUACUGUGAAUAUAAAAAUUAACAGGACAAGAGAGUAAACAACCCACCCAGAGUCACCCAGCUGGUGUGUACCAGAUCCACUGUGACAAGCCCGGGUUCGGGGCCCUCCAGCCCGACCACUCCGCUCCGCGGCGGAGAAGGACCCUGUCCAGGGAAGAGAUCUAGAGUCCACUGACAGAGACGUUUUCCGAUCACCGCUUACCUUAACGACAAUCCGCAGACCCACCCUGUGCAGAGCAAGCGGCUAGGCCAUGCGCCAUGGGAGACAUGGUCUACCUAAAGUCCUCUGAGGUACAGCAGCUGCUCCACAACAAGUUCGUGGUCAUCCUGGGGGACUCCGUGCAGAGGUCCGUGUACAAGGACCUGGUGCUCCUGCUGCAGAAGGAUUGCCUGCUCACCCCCGGCCAGCUCAAGGCAAAAGGGGAGCUGAGUUUUGAACAGGAUACGCUGCGGGAGGGAGGCCAGCUGGGCCAGAUGCACAAUGGCACCAGCUACCGCGAGGUCCGUGAGUUCCGCUCCGGCCACCAUCUGGCGCGUUUCUACUUCCUCACGCGCGUGUACUCCAAGUAUCUCGAGAGCAUCUUGGAAGAGCUGCAAUCAGGGGAACACGUCCCCGAUGUGGUCAUCAUGAACUCCUGCCUCUGGGACAUCUCCAGAUAUGGUCAGGACUCCUGGAAGAGCUACCUGGAGAACCUGGAGAACCUGUUCCGGCGCAUGGGCCAGGUGCUGCCGCAGUCUUGCCUCCUGGUGUGGAGCACGACCAUGCCUGUGGGCGAGAAAAUCACCGGGGCUUUCCUUCCGCCUGAGCACCAGCCCUUGGCCACCUCCCUGAAAGCCAGUGUGGUCGAAGCCAACUUCCACAGCUCUGUCGAGGCGAAGAAACACAACUUCGAUGUGCUCGACUUGCAUUUCCACUUCCGGCACGCGCGGGAGCACCUGCAGCCGGACGGGGUGCACUGGAACCAGUACGCGCACCGCCACCUCUCGCAGCUGCUGCUGGCCCACCUGGCUGACGCCUGGGGUGUGGAGCUGCCCGACCGCCCGCCCGCGGGCAAGUGGGUCAAGCAGGCUCUGAAGAAACAGCCUGGUCCGAGAGUUGAAGCUCAGCCCCAGGCCAGCAGAGAUCGCUUGGCCUCACGGUCGUCCCCGCUCUUGUCUACUCCCGGAAGACGCCCCCUGCUCCCCUGCCCGCCCCAGCGCCUGCCCCUGCCCCUACGCCUGCCCCUACCCCCGCCCCCGCCCCUGCCCCUGCUCCCACAGCCUCCUCCCAUCCCCCUUCCCCAGGGGAUGCCCCACUUCCCGCACUGUCCCCAAGAUGCCUAUUUUUCCUCCGACCAUACUUUCCAGUCGGAUCAGUUCUGUUUCCAUUCCGAUGUCCCCUCACCUGCACAAACAGGAUUUUCCUCUGAAACCGACUUUAUGUUUGAUCCCCGACCACCUAUGCCCUCCUUCCUCCCACCGUGUUACAGGCAGCCAGCCCCUGUGGUCCAUAGAGGUUUUCAGCGGUGUCUUCCCCCUGGUCCCUAUAUGCCCUGGGGACAGCGGCCUAGACCUUCAAAGAGAAGGGGCCCCAGCCCACGCAGGCCUCAGUAGACUGACCUAGGCCUUUUUCUUCCUCGUGGACAUGGACUGGACAGAGCGUCUGCUGCUCCCUUUCUGUUGGCUGGCCCAAACAGACUGACCUUGUGAACUUAAGCCUUUAGUCCAUGUUUGGGCAACCGCUUGUUCGUUGCUGUUACCAAGGAAGUCAGGGAAGAGCAGUGUGACCUGUUCUUACUGGCUGUAGCCUCUUCCCCACUUCCUGUGGGUGACCCGAUUUUCUUUGCCUUUUUGUAAAAAUAAAAUUUAAAUAAAGAAGUUGUUUCA